UAGUACCACACAUAAAAUCCGCAUCCGCCGCCGACUGUACCGCUUUAUUACCGCUCGCUCGUGGUAAAUUAAUUUUCAAUAAAGAAGUUGAGCCAAACAAGGAUAUAAGCCUUACCCACACACACGUCACAUCUCUACAUCCUACAAUGUCGAGCGUGCCAAAGCGACAAAAGCUGGAUGGAGCCGAGGCGAAUACAUCUGCCGGUCCCAAUGAAGAGGAGUCGGAGGCACUGGAACAAAUCGAUGCCUGCCAAAAUGAAAUUGAUGCUCUCAACGAGAAGGCCAGCGAGGAGAUCCUUAAGGUCGAGCAAAAAUACAACAAAUUGCGAAAGCCAUGCUACGAGAAGCGCAGCGAGCUGGUUAAGAGAAUUCCCAAUUUCUGGGUUACAUCGUUUAUAAACCACCCGCAAGUAUCUGGAAUUCUGGACGAAGAGGAGGAGGAAUGCUUGCACGCUUUAAACAAACUGGAGGUGGAGGAAUUCGAAGAUAUCAAAUCUGGCUAUCGUAUCAAUUUCCACUUCGAUGAGAAUCCAUACUUUGAGAAUAAGGUGCUCACCAAAGAGUUCCAUCUGAAUUCAGCGGCCGCCUCUGAAAAUGGUGAUUGGCCGGCGUCGACUAGUACACCCAUACAGUGGAAAGAGGGUAAAAAUCUACUUAAACAGUUACUGACGAAACCCUAUGCCAACAAGAAGAAGCGUAACUCGGAAUACAAGACCUUCUUCGAUUGGUUCUCGGACAACACCGAUCCGGUUAAUGAUGAAAUUGCUGAGCUGAUCAAAGACGAUCUUUGGCCAAAUCCACUGCAGUAUUAUCUGGUACCUGAUAUUGACGUGGAGCCCGAGGAGGAGGAGGAGAAUGAUGAUGAGAACGAUGAGGAAGCCUUCGAUGAUGAAGAUGGCGAGGACGGGGAAGGUGAUGAGGAUGAUGAGGACGAAGGUGGCGAUUGAAGCGAGCUACAAUCCUGUCGAAUAUAGUUCGCUAAUCUUUUUUACAGAUGACAAGAAAAAUCUUAUAUAUGCGCAUUUAUUGAAUUUUUUUUACCAAAAAAGAGAAUUCAAAAUGUGUGUGUUAGCAAGCAAAACCCCAAUUAUACAUAACACAUUUUCUUUUCUGUGGCAAAACAUAAAAAUCUUCUCUAGACAGUUUUAAGUUUCGCUUUAAGUAUACACUCAUUUAUAUAUUCAAAAUACAUGUACGGAAAAAGUGACUACACCCAUCUAUAGAAAAGAUAAAA